CACAGCAGGAUAACACAGAAAUUCACGAAUUUAUUCGCCCAUCACUGCACACAAGUAGAAAUUAACCUAGAAUAAUCCUUCCUCUCUGAAUCAUCAGUUCCAAGACCAUUGCUGGGAUUCACACUUUGCUAUCUAGGCUAGACAAAUGCAUCGGUGGGGGGCUUUCUAACCCCUAAAAAAAGAAAAGCCUCGUGUAGCUGUUGCUGCUGCUGUUGUUGCUGCGCUGAAAGUCGCAGCCCCUUCCAAAUCCCGCGAUUAAGGGCUGUGCUUAGUUCAGCUCGCUGUGCAGCCAGAGAGGCAGGACUGUGUGUAGAGGAGAAGAAGAAGAAGAAGAGAGCAGAGUGUGGCACAGGCAGACUUUCUCUCAGUCUCUCCUCGCAUCACAGUAAAAAAAAAGCGCAGACGAGCCAUUCGCUGUCACUGCCAGUCACUCGCCUGAGCUCGCACACGCCACACCGCUCAGCCAGACUCAUGAUUUACUCUGUGGGAUUCUACCAGCACUUCACUGAAUGGUCCCUUCGGAUGCUGCUGGCUGUUCGGGCGCUGCGAGAUCACAGAGACUUCGUCCCAGGCUUUUAGCGAAUCUCCUCAGCGACCCUUUAGCCCUUUGCUCGGCGGAUCCGGUUUGCCACAUCGCACGGGAUUUUUCUGCCCUUAAAGGAUUACUGAAGUAGUAGGAGACAAAGUCAUUGGUGGUUGGUUCCUAGGCUUGGGCUGCCAUGAAUCCCCCCUGACUUCUUCUUCCAGGGAAUAAAUGCACUUCAGCGUGUUUGUGUAACUGUUGGCAGCCCCUUGCGCUGCUGCUGCUGAGGAAAGUGGAGUUGUUUUUUGUACUGAGCCAGAAUUUGUGCCUUCCAGUCUGAUGGGGAAGGGCAUGGAAACUGCCAGCUGCGGAGUGGGACUGGGGUGCAUCCUGCAGUUGUUCUUUCUACCUGCCCUGGCCAUACUGAGCGCCGGCAGCACCUUGGCAGCUCAAGAUGAUGAUUUUUUUCAUGAACUCCCAGAAACUUUUCCAUCUGACCCACCAGAGCCAUUGCCCCACUUCCUCAUUGAGCCAGAAGAAGCUUACAUUGUGAAGAACAAGCCAGUCAAUUUAUACUGUAAGGCCAGCCCUGCAACGCAAAUCUACUUCAAGUGCAACAGUGAAUGGGUACACCAGAAAGACCAUCUGGUGAAUGAAAAAGUAGAUGAAACUUCAGGUCUGAUUGUUCGAGAAGUGAGUAUAGAAAUAUCCCGGCAGCAAGUAGAGGAGCUCUUUGGUCUGGAAGACUAUUGGUGCCAGUGUGUAGCCUGGAGCUCUGCAGGUACCACAAAAAGCAGGAAGGCAUAUGUGCGGAUAGCAUACUUAAGGAAGACUUUUGAACAAGAACCACUUGGGAAGGAAGUGUCUUUGGAACAAGAAGUUUUAUUGCAAUGUCGCCCACCUGAAGGGAUACCUGGAGCCGAGGUGGAGUGGCUGAAAAAUGAGGAUGUGAUUGAUCCCGUGGAGGACCGGAAUUUUUAUAUCACCAUUGAUCAUAAUCUCAUUAUUAAACAAGCAAGACUUUCAGACACAGCCAAUUAUACAUGUGUGGCCAAAAACAUUGUAGGCAAAAGAAGAAGCACCACUGCAACAGUCAUCGUAUACGUAAAUGGAGGUUGGUCCACCUGGACAGAGUGGUCUGCGUGCUCUAAUCGUUGUGGAAAAGGAUACCAGAAGCGCACCAGAACUUGCACCAAUCCUGCACCUCUUAAUGGAGGGUACAUCUGUGAAGGGCAAGGUGUUCAGAAAAUGGCUUGCACCUCUCUGUGUCCAGAGGAUGGUGAAUGGACAGCGUGGAGUAAGUGGUCUACGUGUGGGACAGAAUGCACGCAUUGGCGACGCAGAGACUGUGCAAAUCCGCCACCCAAAAAUGGAGGAAAAGACUGUGAUGGCCCAGUUCUGCAGUCCAAGAACUGCACAGAUGGAUUAUGCAUGCAAGGUUUGAUUUACCCCCAUUCACCCAGAAUCCAUGAGCAGAAAACACAAAAAGAAUAUGAAUAUUCCUCUGCUCCAAGCUCGGACAAUGUGGCACUGUAUGUUGGCUUAGUGAUUGCUGUGAUUGUGUGCCUAGCCAUAUCAUUUAUUGUGGCACUAUUUGUCUAUCGCAAGAAUCAUCGGGGCUUUGAAUCUGACAUCAUUGACACUUCUGCACUAAAUGGUGGAUUUCAAGCUGUCAACAUCAAAGCAGCCAGACAAGAUCUCCUGGGAGUUCCUCCUGAUCUCACAUCUGCAGCAGCCAUGUACAGAGGACCUGUCUAUGCCCUUCAUGAUGUCUCAGAUAAGAUUCCAAUGACUAAUUCGCCUCUAUUGGACCCUCUCCCUAAUUUGAAAAUUAAAGUGUACAAUUCCUCAGGUACAGUUACUCCUCAAGAUGACCUGUCUGACUAUACGUCAAAGCUUUCCUCGCAAAUCACACAAACCUUAAUGGAGAAUGAUACUCUAAAUAUGAAGAACCAAAGCCUUGCAAGACAGACGGAUCCAUCGUGCACUGCUUUUGGAACCUUCAAUUCACUUGGAGGCCACUUAAUUAUUCCUAAUUCAGGAGUGAGCUUGCUGAUUCCUGCCGGGGCUGUUCCUCAGGGAAGAGUGUAUGAAAUGUAUGUGACUGUUCACAGAAAAGAGAACAUGAGGCCGCCAAUAGAAGACAGCCAAACACUGCUUACUCCAGUAGUGAGUUGUGGGCCACCUGGAGCACUGAUGACCCGUCCUGUUAUUCUCACUAUGCACCACUGUGCCGAAACAAAUGCAGAGGACUGGAAAAUGCAGCUUAAUGAGCAGUCUAUGCAAGGACAAUGGGAGGAUGUUGUGUUUGUCGGAGAAGAAAAUUUCACCACUCCCUGUUAUAUCCAGAUGGAGUCAGAAGCCUGUCAUAUACUCACAGAAACGUUAAGCACCUAUGCACUAGUUGGACAGUCGACCAGCAAAUUGUCAGCAAAGAGGCUGCAGUUAGCAUUAUUCGGGCCAACGUCCUGCACUUCUUUAGAAUAUAACAUUCGAGUUUAUUGUUUGGAUGACACUCAGGAUGCACUUAAGGAAGUGAUACAACAGGAAAGGAAGGUUGGAGGGCAGUUACUGGAUGAACCAAAAACUCUUCACUUCAAAGGAAGUACUCAUAACCUGCGCCUUUCCAUCCAUGAUGUUCCACAUUCCUUAUGGAAAAGCAAAUUAUUAGCUAAAUAUCAGGAAAUUCCUUUCUAUCACAUCUGGAGCGGAUGCCAAAGGAACCUUCACUGCACCUUCACUCUGGAACGCUUCAGCCUGAGCACGGUAGAGUUAGUGUGCAAGCUCUGCGUGAGGCAAGUGGAAGGGGAAGGACAGAUCUUUCAGCUCAAUUGCACAGCCUCAGAGGAAUCUAGCAGCAUUAUUGAUUUGCCACUCAUGGAUUCAGCUAGUACCAUUACUACAAUUGUAGGACCAAGUGCUUUCAGCAUUCCCCUAACAAUACGGCAGAAACUUUGCAGCAGCCUGGAUGCCCCUCAGACCCGUGGACAUGACUGGAGAAUGCUUGCCCAUAAACUCAAGUUAGACAGGUACCUUAAUUACUUUGCUACCAAACCCAGCCCCACAGGGGUUAUUUUAGAUCUCUGGGAAGCCCAGAACUACCCAGAUGGAAACUUCAGCACUCUGGCUGCAGUCCUGGAAGAGAUGGGCCGACACGAGACCGUGAUUUCAUUAGCAGCCGAAGGAAAAUAUUGAUCACCGUGUGCAAGAACAAGUGGCAGUUGGGAGCUCCUUAUACCUUUGCAGAGUUCCACAGUAAACAGGACAUGGAGAAAAGUAUCCCAACCAAUGAGUUUCACCUAUUCUAUUUAAAAUGACUUUGAUAUAAACCUUUCUUGUACAUGAACACAGAAAUGGGAAGAAAAAAACCAUGCAACACUGUAUCUUGAAAAUUAUAAACCAGCCUCGUUCAGUGUGUCUAUACACAGCUUGGUACAGGAUUUUACAGUUUCCUAGGAAACGCAUUUUAUUCCUAUCCAGGUACAUGGAUAAACUUUUCUUUACAAUCCCAGUUCCAAUGGACUUUGUUUACAUCCAGUGAUGGACAGGGGUUAUCAAUACUGUUCCAUGACUAUUUGUAUUGUGUGUAAGACAUCAGAAUGAGUGCACCCCCUGGGGGUAAUUAGUACAAUCUGCUCGGUGCAGUGAUCACAUCACAGAUAAUCCCCUGUUUCCAGAUCCUUUUGUUCAUACAAAGUCUGGAAACUGAAUAACUCAGCGAUCUGCAAAUUCUGAAUAUCCAGCUGUUGCUGGACUACUACUCCCACAAACCUUUACAGGCAUCAGCAGUUGCUGGUUUCUGAGAGUUGUAGUUCAGCAACAGCUGGAUGCAGAUUGCUCAUAUCCCUGGAAUAUUUUCAAGUGCUAAACAGAAAAGCAUUCCUCUGCCAAUAUUUCUGGCAAGUCAAAGACUUUAUUUUUUUACAUUUUGCAAAGAAGAAGUUAGGGGGAGAAAUCAGUUAUAGUUGAGUUAUGGAAACAUAUUACACAUGGGUUGGGAAUAGCCAUUUGGAGAGCAGUUCUAUUUUUCCUUUUUAUUAAUGGGAUUAGUAUAAAACAUCUAUACUGUCUAUCCAAGUAAACAAUAUUUCUCUUAUCAAACGCCAUUCCACAGUAUUGUAUAUGUUCUUGUUUUAUAUUAGUAAACUUUCACACUAAUAUGAGUUCUUAAGAGGCUGUUAUAAUAAGCCUUUAUUUCUAGCAAUACUGGAGGAUUCAGUCCCUGUGCAAGAAAGAAGGCAGCCAUCUCUUUGAGCACAUGCAGUAUUAUAGUAUCACCAUUAUAUAAGGUGUAUCUCUUAAAGAACUAACAGUCAGCAUGGAAUCCUUUAUCACAGCUUCCCAGCCAACUCCUAAUCCCUACACUGCAAAGUAUUCUUUUGGUGCAGUCCCAGGAACAGAAUGAGCAGCUCUUGUAUCUGCUGGCAAAAUAGUACCGUAAGUAAAUACCAGACCCCUCGACAAUCUUCAUAAAGAGCUCUAUGAUAUCCCCAUAUUAGAGAUAAAUGACAUGUUUCAAUUAUCAGCCCCCUUAAAUGAGGGAAAAUAAAGCAUAUUUUCAUCCAUAUCACCCACGAUUCUCCAGGAGCAAUCACAGAUUCAAGUCACAAAGGCCUAUCUCUGAUUCAGCCAAUCAGAAAAUGUCAACAUGGGCAUCACGAGCAGCAGAGUUUCAUGAAGCUCAAAAAUAAAACCGUGGCUAAAAUUAAUAUCAGACCCAACUUAAGUCGCUCACAAGUAUCCGCAAAUCAACUUGGUUUUGGAGAUCUAUAUGAUUUCAUAGGAAUUUAGAUGUUUUUUUACUAUUUGAUAUCUCUAGAAAGUAAUUUUAUACAGACACACUUAGGCCCACAAAUUUGAUGACUCAUAAUUAAUAAGAAAAAAUAUACUAUUUACUAUAACCAAUGUUUAUCAUCAACGUAUUUUCCCUAGAAAGACAUUCAACUAUGUUGACAUGUAACACUGCAUUAUGGAGUAUCACAAUAAGAAUAUUUGAUUGCUUUCUCAAAAAUGUAUCAUCUAUUAAUGACCACUACGUGGUCACAUGGCAUUAGUGUCUAGGAAGAUGGUGGAUGAGAAAGCAUUAUGGCAGUAUCUACUCACAUGCAUAUGUCAAUGCCCAAUAGCUGGCUGGGGAUUCUGGAAGUUGUAGUUUGCAUGAGCAAGGAAGGAGGAGGUCAAUAUUUUGAUGUGGGUCUGGCCUAACUCAUAGGUAACAUGUAUGACAAAGCUAUAAUACUGUCACUGGCACAACUAAAUAGCUUUAGUACAUGGCUCCAUAUUAUAUAAUGUUUCAAUAAAACUAAUGUCUGACCAUAAGGAAUUAGAUUACUUUUGCUGUUAAAAACAAUGACAGAAUGGCUCUGGCAUUACAUAUCUCUUUCAUUCUAACAUAUAUAAUAAUCAAAUGCUCAAAUGACUUUACCCUUGUAGCUGGUUCAGCCAGGUAAAGAAGUGAAUUACAGUAGUAAUUCUAUUAGCAAUCCCUAUCUGCUUGGUAGUAAAGUUGAUUCACUACAAAAAUAAAAUUACAUAGUUAUCUAGAGCCUUCUGUACAUAAACACAUUUGAAAAUAUGCUACAUUGCUGGCAGUGUAGACAUGGAUAUUGUGUCUGCUUGUAGCUGGCUUCUUUUAUCUUUUUUUUGUAGUGAAUACAUUUUGGAGGAUGAGAAGGUGUCGAGUUUAUUACAAGAUCAAAACACAGAAUUCUAAUCCCGCAUGGCCAUAAAAAACGAAUAUCUGCAUCAUUUUACAAUCUGAUACAUAGGCCUCGAUUAGAUAUCAGCUUUGAAUAAGGCAAGUCAUUGGCUUUAUCAGUAAGGUGCAUUCCUUUUUGUAACACAAUAAUAACACAUUUUAUAGAAAAACAGGACGGGACUGCAUAUAAAAAUAGGUGCAGGAUUUAUGAACACAAGCCAACUUUUCUCUAGUAACUGUUGAUAAAUAUUGUACAACUGGAUUCAGGUGCCUAUAUCUGUUUCUCAAUAAAUACAGAAUUUAAAUGAAGUUGUGAUAUCCAGUAGGAGAUGCCCUAACAGGUUAUUAUUGGCAAAUGUUGACAAUACUAUCGUCCUCGGCUUUGUAAGGUUAAAUGGAGAUCGAGGUUAUCAUGUAGUUGGGUUUGACUUGUCAACAGAUGUAGGAGCUUCUCUAAAACACAACAAAGCACAAUGUUGAACAGAAUCCAACAGGAGGCUUCAUUAAAGGAGAAGGAAAGCUUUAAACUAAGUAAGCUUAAUCAGAAAGGUCUAUAUGAAUACACUAGUAAACCCUCAA